UAUUAUUAAUUGUAAUAUUCCCCUCUGAUUCUCUUUACAGUUACACAAAAAAUCUAUCAUCAGAUAAAAUAAAUUUAAGUACCUUUCGUGGUGAAGGUGAAUUAUCUAAUUUACAAUUGGAUGAAGCUGUGCUCACCGAAUUAUUGGAGUUGCCUUCAUGGUUACGUUUAACAUCGGCGUGGUGUAAUCAUGUAUCUUUUCGUAUAAGCUGGACAAAAUUAAAAAGUGUUCCUAUAACGCUGACUCUAGAUGAGGUCAAUAUAACGGUGGAAACAUGUGACCCCACUUCACGUAGUGCAGAUAACAAAUCACCAAAUGGUGUUGGGAGUGGUGGAGGAGGGAGUGCAGGAGGAGGUUCAUUACCGCAGGCUCCUCAGGGCAAAUAUAGUUUUAUACAUAAAGUUGUUGAUGGCAUAACCAUUAUUGUUAAUACUGUUAAUGUAAAAUUUUUAAGUACCGCCUUUACAGCCUCGGUGCAGAUGUCACGCAUACGAGUUGAGUCCAAGACUCCCAAAUGGGCCAAUGGUGAUUUACGUUUUACCCGUCUCAAAGACACCCAUCGUGGUAUUAUAUUGAUAUUCAAAGAAUUAUCAUGGCAAACGGUACGCAUUGAGGCCAGCUCUACUCAGGAUAAAUCAUUAACACCCCUACGUUUACUUACCAAUCAUGCACGAUGUCGCAUAACCAUACGAAAACGUUUGUCGGAUUGUACUUUAUUAGCUUCACGUUUAGUUUUAAUUUUAGACGAUCUACUGUGGGUGCUAACGGACUCUCAAUUGAAAGCAGCUUUACAUUUUGUCGAUUCGCUGUCGGGUCUUAUUAAAUCGGCUACGGCGGCAACACAAAAAUCAAAAGCUGCCAGAAAAUUAGAGACUCUACCCGAGUAUCAGGCCCAAUUGGCGCAACAGCAAAAUCGCCAAAGUGAAUCGUCUCAUGCGAAUAAUCAGCUAAAAAUGUUUAAUGCUUUCGAUGUGAGAGAAACUUCGUAUCAUUUUUUUAGUCAACGUAUUGAUUUGCAUUUGUGUGAUGAUGAAGGAGAUGGUCGUUCUACUUAUCCAGAAUUGGAUAAAGGUGGUGCUCUACAAAUUUCAGUACAAGCUUUUCAAGUGGAUUACUAUCCCUAUCAUUUAGCCAAAUCCGAUAGAUCUCAUUGGGCCAAAUAUAAAGAAGCUUCAGUAUCUCCCGCUCUCUGGCUAAAAGAAUCGCUCAAUGCAUUUCGUGAAGCUGUACUAAAUCUAAGUCAACCAAAUCGUCCUUCCUCUCAUGCUCCCCUCGAACGCAGUACACCCAAUUCGCCCGUAACUCUAAAUCCCUCAGCUUUAGCAACACAAUAUGCUACCAGUAAAACCACAAAUACUUCUUCGACUGGCAGUAGUACACCCACACAAAUGGCUAGUAAUGUUGGUUCAGGAGCUUCGUCUGGAGGUAGUCAUCAUAGUCAUCAUACCCAGCAGCAAAAAACAAUACUCGAUAAUUUAUCGAAAUUAAUGUCUUCUUGUGUGAUAUUACGUAUCGAGGAUUUUCAGUUGUAUCGUGUAACGACAUCGGGUAAAAAACAAAUGCCCAAAGAGUUUGUAUCAGGUGACAAAGACCGUUAUUCAUUUCCAGCCGAAAUGCCCAUUUUACAUGCAGAAUUUACAUAUUUUUAUUAUCCUGGAGAUUUUAUAUUUCCUCUGCCCCCGUCCAAGGUGUUUGUACACAUCAAUCCACUCCAAGUACACUUUGAUCUCUGUUCUAUACUGUGGCUCAAUUCAUUUGCAUUGAAUUUGCACGAGCUAUUACGUACCAGUAUUGCAGCGGUAUCACCGACAAGUUCGGCUGCCGUUGGUUCGCCGUCCACCAUUGGAUCGCAUGGUUCCCAGUCGACAACAUUAAAGGGAUCAUCCAAAUUAUCCUUGUACAAUGAACCUGAAAACGAACCCAGUCUAAUGUAUAUGGAUGUUAAAGUUGAAGCUAUUAUGCCUCGCAUUGUUAUCGAAUCGAGUGUGGAGACACCGACAAAGGAUCGUCCCAAAAUGAUGCAGAUACAAAUAUCACGCUUCGCUUUAACCAAUAUACGUGAAAUGGGUUCAUCUCGUGCAGAUUUGGCACAAGCUUUACAUUCCUUACAGGAAGGUUCUUUAGUAUUUGGUACUGGAUUUCCUUCAGCCGCCGGUGACAUGUGCAUAGUUACGGAUCGUAUUUUAUCGCAUGUGGCCGCUACAGAUGUGGGAACGGCGGCCGAAGCAGCCGGAAAUAAUGGCAAUGGUGGUGUUGGUAGCGGACAACGUUCUUCAAUACCCAAAUCAUCUUCCUUACAAUGUCUGUCACGUUAUGCUAUGUGGUCUGAGCCUCGAGAUGUUUGGUGCAUAAAACUAGAUCCCGUUUGGAUAGAUUUUCUGGGUGCUCGUUCUCUGGGCGCCCACAAAUCCAUACCAUUCGUGGAUGCUGUACCCAUUACGUUGUGGUUGCAUUCCGGUUCGGGCACUACAGCCUCCGCCGGUAGCCAAAGUAACGCUGGUAGUCGUAAGGGCAGUAGUGGUGAUUCAAAUUCAAUGGCUUCCACCACUAAGGCGGGCAGUGCUUCCAUCGAAACGAAUAUCAAUCGUUUGGACUAUGCGAAUAGUAAUACAAAAUUACCUAGAAAUCCUUUUCUGGAUAGUGAAGAGGACAUAAAUGUGGAACGUAAAUCCCAAACAUCUUCGGAGGCUGCAGAACGUACAGCUGAUUUGCAUGCCAUUGCUCAUAUUUCAAAUUUAGUUAGUGUACAAAUUGAUCAUUACCAAUUGUUGUUAUUGCGCAUGGCUGAAGAGUUUAAUGAAAUGUCAACAUUUUUAUCGCUGGAUGCGGAAAGAAUAUUGCAAAAAGCAAAUACAAAAAAAUCUUUAAUAUUCGGUUGUGUUAUACCACAAAUUGAAGUGACUUUUGUUAUGCCUUCUCCUACACCUGGUAAGGAAUCAAGUGGUGGUGAUGCUGAAAGUGUCUUACCUGAUUCAGCUAGUUUGGGUGAUGAUUUACUUAUAAAUAGUACAAAUAUGACAUGGCCAACACCACCAUUAGAUCAUAAAAGCAAUACAUUCGGUAGUGUAGAAACACCAUCGCCGGUAACAAAUGAAGCACCGCCCUAUGAUAAUGGUAUACAUUUAUCAAAUCCAAAUACACAUGGAUACAAUGUUCAAAUACAAAGUUCAUCUACGAUGGCAUCUUCUACAACUAGUCAAACCUCUUCAACAAAACCAGAUACUGGAGUAUUUACCCAAUCGGUAACGUCUUCCAUAUCAAAAAGUUAUAGAUCAACGAGAAACUCAACUAGUGAUGCUCCCAGUAUAACGAAGGAAAUCAAUUCGGGUCUCAUGUCCAUGAAAAAAGGUUUCUCCAGUUUUAUGACCUCCAUUGAUUCAGCCAUUACCUCAAGGGCUCCUAAUGACGAUAUGAGUGAUACUUUCUCCAUACAAAGUGAUAUUAGUUCAGAUUCGGAAAAUUUUGCCAUUGUUAUGGGUGAUGAUAAGACAAUGGACUGUAUAGAUGUUAUGUUUCGUUUAAAUCCUUUUACCAAUGAUGGUACGAUAAAGGCAUCACCAGUAGAAGUGGCCAGUGAAGUUUAUGAAGAACCCAUUAAAACAAAUCUUAGUUCUCCCUCAGAACCCUCAGAGGCCAGUACGUGGCGGAGAAGAGAUUUAGUUUCAAUGGUUACUUUUAGAUUAACUACCGUUGAAGUAAUUAGACAACAAGAGGGCAAUAAUUCCACAUUACGUGUUCAAGUGGCUGCCAUACAAUGCGAUGAAUGUGGUGCCAUACCAUGGGAUGAAUUACAGAAUGCUCAUCAAGCUAACAAGAACAAAUUUGGUGCCCGUUGCACCUGGAAUUUAGCGCCUUAUAAUCCUGAGGCUCCGCCUUGCAUACGUUUACGCUUAGAAGAGACCAUAAAAACCGCCCAAGGAUGCUACACAUGUGGGUGAUAAAAAAGUUAUACAGAAUGGGUCUCCCAUCAUGCUGACAUACGAGUGAGUGAUAUUAGUUUGGAUUUGUCGAUGAGUACGGUUAUUGGUUUAGCCGAUUUGGCGGAAGAUGAAAGUGAUAUCAUCGAAUAUUUUAACCCUUAAAUGUAAGUUGUAACUGUUGAAAAUGUGCGUAUAAAUUUAAUUGAAGAUCGACCUCCUGUUAAUAUUACCUCACCGGGACCAGUGCCCAUUAAUUUGGCCAUCGGUCGUAUGCAUUUGAAACGUGAUAAAACUGGACUUUUACACAUACAACCUAUAGAAACAAAUUUAAAUGGUACUGGCAUUGCCAAUAAUCCCCUAACGGCGGCCAUGUUAAAAACACCCGCCAACAGUCCACGUGAACGAGAACGUGAUCGUGAAUUAUUGUCAUUGCAAUUGAUAAUGCAACAAAUCAAAAUGGACAAUGAUAAUUUGCGUAAACAAUUACAAAAUGCUAAAGAAAAUUCAGAAAGUUAUAGACAAAAAUCCAAACAAGAAACUGAUGUUUUACGUUCCUAUUUGAAAGCUGCUCAAGAUGAUAUUACCAUACUAUUGGAAGAGAAAAAAGCUUUACUUGAUACCAUACGUUCUCUCCAGUGUAAACUCAAUACACACGACACAAAUGCAAGGAUUAAAGGUUCGAUGUUUAAUUGUUUAAAGCUUUAAUACACUUGUUUAUUUACCUCAAAUACACUUAUUUAAUAAUUAUUUUAAAACAUGUUUGCAUGCUUUAGUCGAUAUCUUAAGAGUUUUUUUAAAUAUUUAAAAUGUUUUUUAAAAAGAGAGAAAAAAUUUAAAAAAGUGGAAGAUAUGUAGGUAUAGUUUAUGCAAUGCUUUAUGCGUGUAACCAUUGUAUUUAGUUUACUCCCAUGAUGAUAUGUUUCCUUACUUCAGGGACCCACGGUGAUAUGUGAGAUGUCUGCUUACACGAACAAAGGAGAGAAAAUCAAUUGACGAAACAAAUACCAUGAUCAUUCAAUUGAAACUGUCAUUAAAGCCUUAGAACUCCUUCUGACAUCAUCCAUUUUAUUACACUUACAUUCGUCACAACCACCAGAAUUUAUUGCAUGUACGUUACCUGGUCUCUGGGCAAUAUAACUCAUUACUCUCCUUAUAGUAC